UCUCCGAGUGUCUGAGUGCGAAUCGCUAGACACGCAAUUAGGAUCUGACGUUGACAGUUCGAAAGAAUCAUGGGCGUGAUUUACAUGAUAAUAUUUCAAAUAUCUAUUGUACUUUAAUAUUGGGAUUACGAUAUAAUGGAUAUAUAAACGCGAGACAAUUUCUCCAACUCGAUUUGAAUGUAUCGGAAGUAUUACAAGGACACGAUAUUUUAAUCGCAGCUUUACGUCCGCAUGCAAUGGCUGCGAGCAAUAACAGUUUUAUUAGUAAACCAGCACGAGGAUGGUUGCAUCCAGAUCAUCUAGUGAGUAAAGAAGGGAUUACUUAUACAGUGAAGUAUAUUGGAUGUCUUGAAGUAUAUACCUCUAUGAAGAGCUUGGAUUUUGAAACACGUUCAUGUGUAGCCAAGGAAUGUAUAAAUAGAGUUUGUGAAGCUGCUGGAUUGAAGUCUGCUGAUAAGAAGAGAUGGGUUGACAUGAAAGUGUUGAGAGCCAUAGCGGAUAAGCCCUGCAUGGAGCAUACUGCCACCAGUGUAAACCUGACUAUCAGUAGCUGCAGUUUAUCUUUAAGUAAUAUCGAAACUGGACAUAUCAUUGCUAGACAUGACAUGCCACGUAUAUCUUUUGCUUCUGGCGGUGAUACGGAGAUCCUGGAUUUCGUUGCUUAUGUUGCUAAAAAUAUGCUAGACUGGCGUGCUUGUUACGUACUUGAAUGCAAAGGUGGCUUGGCGCAAGAUGUUAUAUCUACUAUUGGACAGGCGUUUGAGCUCAGAUUCAAGGAAUUCCUUACGAAACCGGGUUCGCUGCACCCGGCGCUCAAUGGUGUAAGGGAAGCAGACAGAGAUUAUUACAACGAUCUUCCCGGGAAAGUGCCGCCAGAUAUCGGCCCACCACCAGUACCUCCUCUGCCGAAUACAGCGUCCACCUUACCUAAUUUGAGGCAUCAUCACAAUCAUGCAUCCCGUAGUCACGCGCAAAAUACCGCAGUCGAUUCAUUUUCCUCCGCCGUCGAUAGGCAUCAAGAGUGGGCAGAAACUGGAAAUCUGAUUGAUCUGAACUCAGAUGGUACUAUAUCUGCAUCAUCAAACUUAAAUUCUGUGCCUGAACACAAUUAUGUGAACGACACUGUCGUAGCUACCAACAGGGAUAAUCAUCGUGAGCCAGCGUCGCUUUUUGAUGUGUUCGACAUGGAACCAUUUAGUUCAGCAAUAUCAGACAUGAACAAAUUGAGUCCCCGAUCGCAAAAGCAACAAUUGAAGCAAGAAAUUUGGUUUCACGGGAGUGUCAGCCGAUCUGAAGCAGAAUCUAUGCUUACUAGAGAUGGUGACUUUUUGGUUCGAGAAUCUCAAGGUUCUCCUGGUCAAUAUGUUUUGACCAGCAUGAAUGACGGAACUCCGAAGCAUUUAUUACUAAUUGAUCCCGAAGGUGUCGUACGCACAAAAGAUCGUGUAUUCGAUAGCGUAAGCCAUUUAGUGCAUCAUCACUGUGACAAUGUAUUGCCUAUUAUAUCGGUUGAUAGCGUUCUGGUAUUGCGUUAUCCUAUCCCCAGGCAUACGAAUUAUUGAUUUUUGUAAUAACAUCGAAUAAUAAUUAAGGUUAUAGAUUUGAUAGCGAUUUUCCUGAUAGUUAUUUCUCACAUCUUCGCAUGCUUUGGAAAGUCCGGCUUCUCUCUUUGAGAUACAUUUUGAAAAUCGGCCUCCUUAAUAUUACGCACUACACAUAUAGUAUAUACAUAUUUUCUGUUUUAGUUCCUUUCUAGUACGCAACGUAAUGAAUUUUUUGUGCCUGAAUCGUAUAAAAUGUGCCAACUCAGUCGAAGCGAUUGAUAAAAUUCUUUGAAUUUAAAAAUGAGUAACAAAAUUGA